AUGGCAACCAGUCGAAUAAGCCCUCUUCGUCCGUCGAUACGGCUCUCUCCAGUGCACUCGCGAGAAAACUCGCGUUCGGCGUCUCCUGAACGGAAUCCGGCCUCGUUAUACCAAAAAAUCGACCCUCUCCUCAGCAACCUGUCUCCCGAAUCCACUUUACACGCCCUAACAACCACCGAAGCUGUCCCCUCGAACGGGAAUUUCUCUCAUAAUGUACUCUCGCAGAGUAUAUCUCAAGUCUCGCCAGCUGAACGCGCCCUCGGUAUCCGUGCCGCCAUAGCCGCCCAGAAUUUGGAUAUUUGGUAUAAGGAGGUACAAUCUUGGUUAUGGCCAAAGCAUAGUGAUGCGAAGCUUGGGAAAGGUUUUGUGCCGCCGGCGGAAACGUCGUCGCAAGACAAUUCUGUCGUAUCAAGCUCCCUCUUGCUCCCAACGGCUAUUGGUGGCCGUGGUAGUGCUGAUGUGGAGUUCUAUGGCAGCUUGCCAGUAGCAUUGGCCGAGGAGUAUGAGAAGAGGAUUGAAGAGAUACGCGAUGAAAUGGACAAUUUAGAUGUGGAUGAACUGAAGGAACACGUUCUCAAUGCCCACAUUCCAUCCCGGUCUCGCCCUUCCUCCUCCACAAGCACAGGGUCUGUGCCCCCGCCGCUCAGCUAUGUGCAACUCAGCGAUUUCACGGCCGUCGUCACAGCUACGAUUUUGCGGGCUUUACCACUGCUGUCACGAUUAAACAGUCUCUUGACUACCUGGGACGUUCGACUCCUCGUUCUACGCCAAGUACCAGGCCUGCUAAGGGAGCUGAAAUCGACGCGAGCGUCCCUUGAUUCAUCAUUCCAUGCCUUGCGAACAUCAAAUCCCAACGAGAAUAGAGAAUCAAGACUCUCCGACUCACAUCUACGCGCCGAACAUGUUGAUCUUGAAACCGCCGUUGUUGCAGUGGGUCGGCGUAUGGAUCGCGCCCUUGAUGCGUUGGAGGGCCGCCAGGAUUCCCUGCCUGAGAACUGGAUUGAUGACCUGGAGAGCAUAGAAUCGGAAUUCGCUGCUUGGGUUGUCGAAGCCGAGAGGUACAGACUUCGUACAAACUGGUUAUGUAUGCAGGAUCAACCAAAAGAGCCCGAGGCAAUCGAAAGCUCUGGAGUUGAAAUCCCUGAAAUUCAGCAUGAAACUCCUUUGUCACAGGAAAUUGCAAGGUCGGCCGAGGAAGUGGCAAAGGCUACUGAAACAGAGGUGCUAUCGGAACAGGAAUCUUUGAUGAAGACGAUUGACGAAGUGGCAGAGAAUAAUGUCGAAUCUCACAGCCUCGCCAUUGCUGAUAACCAGGAGCCUGAAGGUAAUCUCGAAAUUUCUAAGACGUCAACUGAGGGAGCUCCGUCGUUGCCAGAGCCUUCUGCUCUGAAUGCUCCCAUCCCCAGCCCUUCUUCCGAGACUCUAGAGAUUGCCUUGACCGACACCGCCAAGGACCAGUUGCCGGUCCAUGCGAAGUGGACUGUCACUGAAGAGAUGCAAACCCCCACGCGGCCAACUUUCUCGCUCGAUCAUGCGGUUGGCAGCUCGGACCAGUCAUCACCCUCCCGGGUGCCAUUGCCAAUGACGCCUGAUGUUGACGAUAAGGAAAAUGUCCCUCCUUUUCACUAUAAUCAACAAGAGCGGCCUGUCUCCUCAUCCGGAUCAAAACCUCCUGCUUUAUCUGAGCAUAAUUUCAUGCAUGACGACCCGUUCAUUCGGAAGCUGGCCCCUUCAGGCGAAACCGAUAUCAAAAAGACACAGAUUGUCUCUAUACCAGAUAUCAUACCGAAGCUAGAUGUCGCAGCACCCUCAUCUAUUAUUGAUGCUGUGGAUGAUAAUGUCAGCUCCACCCAGAAAGAUGCUCGUGAAGACCCUAUGCUCGAUCGCUCGUCCGAGUCACCAAGGGUGGAUAACAUCAAGCAAAUUACGGUGCAAGCAACCACUACCAACACCAAUUGUUUAACCCCUGGAAAUAACAAGCUCGAGACUCGCCCGACUGGUGCCAAAGAGGCAGAAGCACCUUCAAUUGAUGUUCCUCUGGCGGAGGUUCCAAAUUCUACGCAAUUCGUCAGUGAUCCAUUCCAGGAACUUGGUCGUGAACCCACUCAGCAAUCGGAGCCUGUGCAGCCUACCAUAUUCGAGUCAAGGCCUGCUACUGCUGGGUCUGGUCCAAGGGGAGAAAUGCCGCCACAAGAACCAGUCUCGACUCGGAAACCGCUACAGAGCCCAAUCAAACUUUCGAAACACCGACCAGGAAAACUCAAUCUCGAUCAGAAUGCCCAGAAGCCGCAUCAGCACCAGCGCCAAACAUCCAACGGCUCCGUGGGCUCUUUGCUCUCUGACAAUUCCUCACUUAUAUCAAGUCCCGAUGCGCCCGAGCCCCAAACAGGUUCAUCUCACGAUGGGCCUCUCGUCACCCCCUCCCGCCAGGAGUUCCCUCGAUCGAACUUAAUACAAUCGCACGGAGAUAAUAUGUUGCGAGCCGAUCGGCUGCUCCGGUUCCAGAAUGAGAAGUCAUCACCGGAAGUCUUCCCGCAGAACCGCGCCGUGAGCCUGCCUCUUGAGCGUUUCAUCAACGAUGAAUUUGAUAUCGACAUACGCGAACAACCUGAAUUAGAGGCUACUGACUUUCCAUCUUCUUUCAAAGAGCCUGGGGUCGCUAGACUGCCACACACAACCAUUGGUCGCUCAACGCCUGUACCCCAAGUGCCACCUCGCGGGGCUAGUCGCCGUCCAAGACUUACUCGUGGUAAGUCUGCAUCGGACCUGAAGGAAACCGACAACACCAAGAAGAACGUUGAGCACAACAGGAAGGCGUUCGGCAUGAACACCGCUCAUCGGGCCCUGCUUCAUCAGGAACAACCGAAGUCCGUUCGCUUGCGCCAACGACUUACGGCCCAUCCUAGCCUGGAAAGUCUGGGCGUCAAGAGACAGGAACUGCCAUACGUGGAGGAAGAUGAAUCAGAGCUGGUCGACGAAGGCUCGCGCGCAUCCUCUCCACACAGACGGAGGCCUCGUGACCACCUUGACGAAAAGAUCAAUUCUAUUCUAAGUACUCUUCCUGGUCGGAUUCACCUGGUCGAUCCCAACAACGAGGCCGAUACUUCGUCUUCCUCAUCUUCCAUGGACCGCAAGAUGCGAGAUAGAGGCAUGUCCGAGUCGCCGCGUGCUGCACCGUCGCGCAGUGCUACCCCUGCGCCUUCAUUGAUGCUUAUGCCUGCCGCACGCAGACGAUUGUCUCACGCUCACAAGGCCGAAGACAGCUACGUGAAGCUAUACCAUCUGCAUCAUGGAGGCCAGACAGCACCUACCAAGCUCUUUGUCCGUACUGUGGGAGAGGACGGACAGCGCGUCAUGGUCCGUGUUGGUGGUGGUUGGGCCGAUCUUGGCGAAUACUUGCGCGAAUAUGUCGUUCAUCACGGUCGCCGCAAGGUCUCAGAAACACCGCGUGUCGAGGUUCAGGGUCUUACGUCUCGAACUUCACCUGGAUAUUCCUCCCCAGCUGCUGCCAUGUUGACCCCGGCAGCCGCUUCUCCCUAUAUUGCAUCUGGUCGAGCCACUCCCUCUCGACCACCGUCAGUUAUCAGUGCGCGACCCCCAUCGUCACUCACCGUUCGCAAGAGACGCGGGUCCAACGCGUCUGAUGCCUUGGGUCCUCGAUCAGUUACCACAGGAACACUCAGUUCCUACAUCUCGUCUCCACAAGUUGCAUUAUCGGGUGGACGACGUCUCUCAAUCUCCUCCAGCUACUCAUUCGGAGGCACCAAUUCUCCUGCUAAUAUUGCUCUCGCCUCUCUCGCCCACGAUUCUCAAUCAACACCCCUGGGUCUGGCGGGCCCGAAGCCCCGCUCGCGACAGAUUUCUAUGAGUCCUGAGGGCGAGGCUUGGGUCGAGGACGUCCUACAGCAAACCCGCCGCUCAAGCUCCGUGCAUCCUCCAUCAUUCGCGCUGAAUGUUGCGCCCGGGACUGAGAGCGUGAUCGACCUACACGAGGCCGAUCAUCACGACCUUAUCCACAGCCAUGGCCGCCGGUCCUUGCCAAAGGUCUCGAGUAUCAGCGAUAUCAGAUCUGUCGGCUCGAGCAAGCGAGUUUCGCUCCGCGGUCUUGGAAACCGCAGAUAA